GCCAGCCCGCCAAUCCGUCCUACCCCGCCAUCUCAUGAUGCGAUCCAAUGCUUUAAGCAACUAUGAGUUAGCAAAUACUCAUAGUCACUCCACACGUCACUUCCAUGUCUCGUGAACUUCCAAGCUUUUCAUAUAGCCUGAAUACAUUUGUCUUCCAAUGCUCCUUCAGCUAAGACUUAACAUUCCAGUCUCGCUUUCUUAUUUAACUACAUUCCCACCUUGAGCUCAAGCUCUAUCUAAUUAAUCGUUCAAACUUGAAACUACCUAUCAUCUCUUAAGAAUAGAAUAUCCAUAAAAAGUGAAGACACUUUAUAUCACCAUGGCGGAUGAGAUCUCCUUCUUGCCACUAGGCGCCAUCAUUCAGUCCUUCAAGGUCGGGGGCCUCAACAUUGUACAAGGGUUCCCAACCCAAGAACUCUAUGCCUCGCAUAACAGCCCGCACUUCGGCGCAACCAUCGGUCGCGUCGCAAACCGCAUCUCGGACGCCAAGAUUCAUUCCAUAAACGGAGGCAAAUCCUACAGCUUCGUCGCAAAUAAUGGACCUAAUACCUUGCACGGCGGAGAUGUUGGCUGGGGUAAGCGUAUUUGGAAGGGCCCAACCCCCGUGGGUCUACGUCAGAUCCCCGGAGUCGAGGGACUCCAAGGAGGAGAGACCGUCGAGUUCAGCUUGACAAGCGAGGAUGGAGAUGAGGGAUUCCCCGGCGAGGUCGUUGUGAAGGUGUUCUAUACGACCGGCAAAGUUAUCGAGAAUGGGAAAGAGGUAAUAGUCCUCGGUCAAGAAUACGACGCCGAGCUUGUAGGAGGCGCCGAGGAGACGGUAGUAAACAUAACUAACCACUCGUACUUUAACCUUUCGGGAGGCCCGAGUAUUGAGGGAACCGAAGUCCAGCUUUCAACUAACUCAUAUCUCCCUCUUAGCGAGUGGGGAAUUCCAACGUCAGGGCCAACAGCAUACACCAAAGUUGCGACGACUACCCCAUUCACCCUAGGAGCCGAAGGCCCAGAUUUCGAUGACUGCUUCAUCGUCGAUCCGUCAAAAUCACCCAGCUCAGUGCCCGUAGACACAAGAGCCCUUCCUUUGACCAAGCUUGUCUCAGCUCACCAUCCGGAGAGAAAGAUUCACUUGGAGGUUCUAAGCACAGAGCCUGCGUUCCAAUUUUAUACCGGAAAAUGGAUUGACGUGCCUGCUGUAGGUGGCGCACCUGCACGUGGAUCGCGGAGUGGCUUCUGUGUCGAACCUAGUCGGUUUGUGAACGCAAUCAAUGUUGACGACUGGAGGAGCCAGAUGCUUCUCAAGAAGGGAGAGAAAUACGGAGCCCGCAUCGUGUAUAAGGCUUGGAAAGAGUAAUCCAUCACUUAAUACCAUAUGACGAUUGGGUAUCUAGAGACACCUCAGAAAAAGUGU